AAAUUUUUUGUGUCAUUCCCAGAUGGAGAACUGUGUGGUGUUGAUUUCUGAUGAGAAGACUAAAGAGAUCUUCACCGAUGCCCUCAAAUUCAUUUAUUCACUCAAAUUGACGAAAGAUACAACUGAACCAAUUGUUCACGAAAAGCUACAGAUCUACCAUCCAAGAGAUUAUUGUGGAUGUGAGAGUCCCUUGGUGGUGUGUGUGGGGGUUGAGGAUUCCUGGAUUGUGGAGGGAAUCACCCGUGCCAUCCGCACACUCUUAAUCGUGGAUGCGGGAACUCACUCCAGAGUAGAGAGUAGGAUGAGAUUGUGGAAGGAAUUGGAGCAACAAGGCCUCCUCUGCCACUAUUCCCAGUCAUUCUCUUCUAUCCUUGAUUCAUUAUCUGAUGAUGACUGGAGGGCACUGAAUCGGAAAUGGCAGUUCCUUAAGAUCCCCAGGCGUCCUGUUAUGGAGGCCGACACGAGAAGAGAGACCUUUGUUCCAGAAGUAUCCAAUCCAGUAUCGCAACCCGGGGCCGGUCGUCAACCGGCCCUGGGGCCGGUCACCAACCGCUCUCGAGCGUACUACGAGAUUUCUCAAGGCCCGUCACCAAUGUUUUAA